AAAAAUAUUUGAGAUUAGAAAAAUAUUUUGUAACAUGGUUAGCGACUGUAGGCUCCUGGCUCCGUGACAUACCUUUCUCUGGUAAUAAAUUCUAUUGGGUACAAAUAUUUGAGGACCUAAAAAUUAGAGAAAAUAUUCAAAAAAAAUUAAAAUAUUCACAAAAAUAAAUAUUUGAGAUCCUGAGAAUCUUAUAAUCGUUCAAUCAUUUUUUCUUUUUUAAUAAUCGACCAAUCAAUAAACAACAGAGUUACUUAUAUUCUCUCCUUCGUGCAAUCCUCUGACUUUAAUUUUUUAUUUAUAACCAACGAAAAAUCUGAAACCUCAGUUCAUUAUUCACCUGCUUCCCUUUUUUCUUGUGUGAAAACAAUCUCUCUUGGUUGAGUUAUGAGCAGAAACCAGAAUAUUCUGAUAACCAUAGAUUAUGUCAAGGAAAAAAUCGAAUGGUGUAUUCAAAAGUACAUGAGUUUGGAACAAACCAUGACUUAUCUCUAUAAUCAUGACAAGAUUCUUCAUCAUAUCACUGCAACAAUUUGGGAACAUCUUCAAAGAGAGAGCCCAAAUUUCUUCGACGAAUACAACAAAAGAUGCGAGUUGGCUCGUCAAAUAGCUAAAUUCAAUGAUUUGCUAGCUCAGCAAAAAUAUCUAAUUGAUCUUAGCACUUCAGCACCAGUAACAAAGUUGCAAAAACUUAAUGAUCAUCAUGAUGAUCAAGAUAAAGUUCAUGAUCAAUGGUUUGUGUCUGAUGAUUUUGCUGAUAUAGAAGAUGCAUUCCCUUCUUUAAUCGAUCCGGUUGCUGCAUCGGUAACAAAGUUGCAGAAGCCUAAUGAUCAAGAUCAAAUUUGUGAUCAGUGGAUUAAUGGAACUAAUGAUUUGGCUUCUAUAGGAGAAAUAGUUUCUUCUCUCAUCGAUCCGUCACCGUUGGCUGAAACACCACAAUCAGAUCCUCCUACAACUGGUCUACGAUACGAUAUUGAUUCGGAUGAUUCGAUUUUUGAACAAUGGGCUAGAGAUUUAGAAGAUACACAACAGAGAAUGCAAAAAAAAAUCCAGAGACCACCAACAAGAUGUGUACUUUCCUCUGCAACAUGAAUCUACAACAGUAAUUCUGCAAGAAGAUUUUUUCCUCAACAAAACAACAAAUCAGUAAAUAAGCUUCAAACAAUCAAUGUUGUGGUUAUUUAGGUUAAACCAAAAAUAACUACACACUACAAAAUGUUCUUCAUCUCUUAUUAUCUUUUUUUUUUUGUGCAACUAUCUUUUACUAGGUUAUGAAUCCCGCGAAAUUGCGGGGAACUCAUUUUGACCAAUUUGUUUUUGUAUUCAUUUUGAACAUUUUCUAUUUACAUCAUCUCCUUUCGUUAACAAAAAUAGUUCGUUGUUCCUUAAUCCGGAAAAA